UGAUCAAGAUCAAUCCCAUCCACAACGUUUGACUGGAAUCCUUAAAGACAUUAAACAUUUAUGGAUAUUUCAUCUAAUCUCGAAUCUCGAACUCGAAUGAAUGGGGCGCAGAGUGCAGCCACAUUGACUGCGGUCCAUGCAUGACUUGUAAUAAAAUGUAUAAAACGCAACCACAACUAUUUCCUCUCUUUUUUCUUUUUCAUCCUCACCUUUUUCUUGAUCAUAAUCUCCAGAGUAAACCUCUCCUUUCCUUUCCUUUCCUUUACGUUUUUUUUCUUUUUUUCUCACACUUGAUAAUCUCAAGUGUUCCUAUUUUCAUCUGGAUGCAAUUGAACUUGUUGUCCUCUAACGACCCACAAACAAAGCCUUCAACUACUUCCUGUUCCCCUCUUUCCCAACCUCAUCCUCACUUGUCAUCCUCUCUUCCUUUAUCCUCCUCAGCCACUUCUUCAUUAUCUUCUCCUCUCGAACAAACCUCACAUCAGUCAGCAUGUGGUCCUCAACUUCCAGAAGAGUGCAUUCAAGGCAUCUUUGAAUAUCUCUCAAAUGACCUCUCGGCACUCCACAACUUAAUUCUCGUCUCGAAAGCGUUCUUUCGGAUUGCUAUGCCUCUUCUCUAUGCAGCCCCCUUUGACCUGCUAGAAUCCAAUCUCCGUUGGCUCCCUCAAGAACGGACAAAGCGACAUGCAUCCUUGCUCUUUCUGUUAAUGAAUUGUUGCGACGUGUACAGAUUCAACAACCUAUUCAGCAAAGAUAUAAACUAUGAGAAAAACAAAAACUACUACAUCAGGAAGAACGAUGACGACAUUAACCAACAGAGAGAGAAUAAUGAUAAUGGUGGUCAUGGCUAUUGGGAUAAAAGCUCGUUCUGGGUCGAUCUACCACCUAUUUGUCCUCGAUUUGAAGCAUUUCAUGAGUCUCUGAAACAUCCGCUGGUGGAUUAUCUUUCAGCGUAUCGCCAUCAUUAUCUGCGCAUGAAUCUCUCCAGUACCUUUCCUAUUUUGUUUCCAAACAUCCAGAGGUAUUCACCACCACAAUCAUUACCAUCAAUGCGAUCAACUUCCUUCUCGACCUCGACAGAUAAACCAAGCCAACAGCCUACCACCACCGUUAAUUUUCCACAAGUUCGCCCGACUAUCACUUUAUUCACCCGUAAUGUAAUCGAGACCAAUUUCUUGCUUCACUCCCCGGAACACAUCCGUACCCUAUCCUUGCCCGUGCAACGCCUUAUGAUCUUGGCGGCUAUCGGUCCCAAACUUGCAAGUCUAGUCCGGCUGGAACUUUAUGGUAUCACCUGGCAUUUCAACUUGGACCUCACGGUCGAUUUUCUUCAAGAGCACUCACAACGCUAUGGGACCAUUCAAGAGAUCAAGUUGGCAGGGCCUGAUGAUGUGAGGGUGAUGCAUAAGCCCAGUCUACAUCGGAUCGUGCGAGAGAUCAAGCACCCGAGAGUCCUUGAUCUGUCUAGGUAUAAAGAAGCCGCUAAAGAACUAGACACGUUCGAAAUCCAAAAUAAGGAUGGGCUCAAGGAGCUCUUGUUUGACUUGAAUUAUGUACCGCAGCAACGACCACAGCCUCACACUAUCACAAGUUCAAGCAGUACAGAAAAAUCUGCUAUGACUGGAACUGGAACUGGAACUGGAACUGGAACUGGAACUGCGAUACUAUCUCCUAUGAGUGCUCAAAAACAGUCAAUCAAUGUUCAUGAAGAUUCUUCACUUGAUCUAAUCAAACAGUGCACAAACCUCACAACACUUCAGAUCGGAGUUAAAUCCCCCACAGCAUUUGCAUGGGCUGCGGCUUGCUAUAAGGCCAAUGGUUUCUCUUUGCUGCCAAAAUUGAGAUGUCUUCGCCUAUCAUCAAAUCACCCUGCAACAAUUAAACAGCUGGUCGAAGACUGUGUCUAUGCUUUCCAAGAUACUCUUGAGGAGCUCACUGCUGUCGCACUCAAACUUCCACCCGUAGUCCCUGCACCAUCGAAUGCAGAUGGUCUUUUGGCUACAGGCCUAGACAUUCGAUUCGGAUGGUCAUGGCCACUCCAUCGGUUGACAGUAUUGAGUCUCCGUGGUGAGCUAGCGACCUGGUUCGAUCUCGAGUCCUUAAAAUAUUGUCCCCGCUUGACGGAACUGUACUUGACACUACAUCCUUAUUCUCCACCUCGUGCAGAUUACCUUGAGAAGAUUGUUUAUGCACCACAAUUAAAGAGGCUAUCGUUAUUGAGUCGAUGGAUCUUGUCCGAUAGAGUCAUGAAAACCUUAGGAAAUGGCCUUCCAAAACUGGAAUGGCUCGUUCUCGAAGGUUGUCAACAUGAUGAUGACCUCUUGACUGCCUCUGGAUUUACUGAUGGGUUAGACAAAAUGAGCCGUCUGAAGAAGGUUACUAUCGAUCUGGGACCAAAAAUCGAUUCCAUUAUGAUAAAGUAUCGGGCCGUGCGUCCUGAGUUGGAAGUGUGUUUGCGUUCAGAGGAGGGAUCUUGA